CUCACAGUUUUGCUUCAAGUUCUCCGUUAAGAGAAUUCGUCAUAAACCCCAUUUUUCUCUUUUAGUUUUGCAUCAAAUUCUGCCUUCGCCUUUCUGAAAAUUAAUAAUAAUGACAGGAGAACAAAGUUCGUACCAAGAUAUGGAUCGUCACUGGAGAAAAGAAUACAUUGUUGGUUCCGGUACGUAUGGCACCGUGUAUUUGGCGUCAAAGCUCGAUUCUCGACUUUCCCUUUCUCCUCCUUCCAUUUCCGUGGCCGCUGUGAAGUCCGACAGCGUUUAUUGGUCCUCCCUGAAGAAGGAGGGAGAAAUUCUGCACGAACUGAGAGGUUGCCCCGAGAUCGUCCAGUGUUUUGGAGCAGAUAUAAGUUUUGAAAACAAUAGAGACGUCUUCAAUCUUCUCCUUGAAUACGCAGCUGGUGGAUCCCUCGUUGAUCUGAUAAAAAACAAUGGAGGAAAAAUCCAGAAUCUCACGUUGCAUGUUACACUUAUAUGCUGCUUAGGGGUCUCUCUCACGUUCAUGAGAAAGGGUUUGUUCAUUGUGAUAUGAAACCUGAU